CCGGCGGGGAGCGCGGACGCCGCGCCUGCUCCUCGGCAGCCCCGGGGCGAGCCGCGAGACCCGGGCGCCCCUGCUCGCGGGCCCCCGCCCCCUCGCGGUCUCCGCCUCCUUCGCUCACACACCCCCCGGGCCGCCCGGGCCGCAGGCCUUCCCGGCGCUCCUCCUCCUCUCUUCACACUCGUUCCGGCCGGGGUCCUGCUGCCGCCCGCCGGCUUUGCUCCCUGUGGGGCGAGUCUUUCUCAGGCGUUGCUUUCUCUCUCACACACACACGGUGCGCGCCCUCGCAGGCUGGGCCGCCCCCUCCUCUCCGGCCCUCCUCCUCCUCCCUGCUAACGCCGCCGUCGGGGGAGGAUUGAUGUCCCUUCAUCAUGCAGCCGCCGCCGAGGAAGGUGAAAGUUACACAAGAACUGAAAAACAUUCAAGUUGAGCAGAUGACAAAACUUCAAGCCAAACAUCAAGCAGAAUGUGACUUGCUGGAAGACAUGAGGACAUUCAGUCAGAAGAAGGCUGCUAUUGAAAGAGAAUAUGCACAGGGUAUGCAGAAGCUGGCUAGUCAGUACCUGAAGAGAGAUUGGCCUGGAAUAAAAGCUGAUGAUCGGAAUGACUACAGGAGCAUGUAUCCUGUUUGGAAAUCUUUUCUCGAGGGAACAAUGCAGGUAGCCCAGUCUCGGAUCAAUAUAUGUGAAAACUAUAAAAACUUCAUUUCUGAACCUGCAAGAACAGUGAGAAGCUUAAAAGAACAGCAACUAAAAAGGUGUGUGGACCAGUUGACAAAGAUCCAAACUGAAUUACAAGAGACAGUAAAAGAUUUAGCUAAAGGCAAAAAGAAGUACUUUGAGACUGAACAGAUGGCCCAUGCAGUACGAGAGAAAGCUGACAUCGAGGCAAAAUCUAAACUUAGUCUUUUCCAAUCAAGAAUCAGUUUACAGAAGGCAAGUGUAAAGUUAAAAGCUCGGCGUUCUGAAUGUAACUCUAAGGCUACGCACGCAAGGAAUGAUUAUCUUCUUACACUAGCAGCAGCCAACGCCCAUCAGGAUCGCUACUAUCAAACCGAUUUAGUUAACAUUAUGAAGGCUCUUGAUGGAAAUGUGUAUGAUCACCUCAAGGAUUAUUUAAUAGCCUUCAGCCGGACUGAGUUAGAAACAUGCCAAGCUGUGCAGAACACAUUCCAGUUUUUAUUAGAAAACUCCAACAAGGUGGUACGGGACUACAAUCUUCAGCUGUUUUUACAAGAAAACGCUGUAUUUCACAAGCCCCAGCCAUUCCAGUUCCAGCCUUGUGACAGUGAUACUAGUUUAAAAGCUGCCCAGCUGGUGGACAUUGAGCUCUCCCCUGUCAGUGCUCUCAGAAUGACCAUAGCUGAGAGCCGACAAUUAGAAUCAGAAACUGGGACCACAGAAGAGCACAGUCUAAAUAAGGAGGCUCGGAAAUGGGCCACCCGUGUGGCACGUGAGCACAAAAACAUUGUUCACCAGCAACGGGUUCUGAAUGAUCUGGAAGGCCAUGGAGUUGCCGUAUCAGAACAAAGCCGAGUAGAGCUGGAACAAAAAAUAGAUGAAGCUAGAGAAAAUAUUCGUAAAGCAGAGAUAAUUAAGCUGAAAGCUGAGGCUCGGCUGGACCUGCUGAAGCAGAUCGGUGUUUCUGUGGACACAUGGCUGAAGAGUGCCAUGAGCCAGGUGAUGGAAGAGCUGGAAAACGAGCGGUGGGCGCGCCCCCCGGCGGUGACCAGUAACGGCACCUUACACCCGCUUAAUGCAGACACCGAAAGAGAAGAAGGAGAAGAGUUUGAAGACAACAUGGAUGCUUUUGACGACAGCAGUUCCAGCCCUUCUGGCACCUUAAGAAAUUACCCACUCACCUGCAAAGUUGUUUAUUCCUACAAGGCUUCUCAACCAGAUGAGUUGACCAUUGAGGAGCAUGAGGUGUUAGAAGUGAUUGAAGAUGGAGAUAUGGAAGACUGGGUGAAGGCUCGGAAUAAAGUUGGCCAGGUGGGUUAUGUGCCAGAGAAGUACCUGCAGUUCCCCACCUCGAACAGCCUGCUGAGCAUGCUGCAGUCCCUGGCCGCCUUGGACAGCCGCUCGCACACAUCCAGCAACUCCACAGAAGCGGAGCUCGUCUCGGGCAGCCUCAACGGAGACGCCAGCGUCUGUUUUGUGAAAGCACUUUAUGAUUAUGAGGGCCAGACAGAUGAUGAGCUGUCUUUUCCGGAGGGGGCUAUCAUCCGCAUCGUGAACAAAGAAAACCAAGAUGAUGAUGGCUUUUGGGAAGGGGAAUUCAGUGGACGGAUUGGAGUUUUCCCAUCGGUGCUAGUGGAAGAACUUUCAGCCUCAGAGAAUGGUGAUACUCCCUGGAUGAGAGAGAUUCAGAUCUCUCCUUCCCCCAAGCCGCACACCUCGCUGCCUCCACUGCCGCUGUACGACCAGCCUCCCAGCAGCCCCUACCCCAGCCCAGACAAGAGGAGCUCCCAGUACUUCCCCCGGUCUCCUUCAGCGAAUGAAAACAGCCUCCACGCGGAAUCACCAGGAUUCUCGCAGGCGUCCAGGCACACUCCCGAGACCUCAUACGGCAAACUGCGACCGGUCCGGGCAGCUCCCCCGCCGCCCACACAGAGCCACCGACGGCCGGCAGAGAAGAUCGAGGACGUGGAGAUCACGCUGGUGUGAUGGCGGCGGGGCCCGUCCGCACUGCUACAAUCAAGGCCAGGCUUCGAGUUUGGCCCGUCUUGUUUCUAGGCACCUUUGCAUGAUGACUUCGAAUGGAGCAAAAACAAGGAGGAUUACAUGUGACUGGGUGGCCUGGGGGACUCUUCCCAUGUUUUGGAUAUUUUGUGCCUUUUUUGUUGUCAUUUUCUAUGUCAUCUCUUACCAUAGCACAAAUGCUGCGGGCCCUAGAAGCAGCGAGGGGGCAGCCCUCGUGCCUACCAGCGGUCCGUUUUUAUAUGAGACUCAAGACCAGGCCUCGUUCAGGGCACAGUCACAGAAUUACUGAUCAUGUGCGCUCGUACAGUAUAUUACUGUGGCCACAGGAUGUGGCAAAGAUUCUCAUCUUUCUUCAAGUGGCUUUUGCUCAUCUGAUUAAGUAUUAAUCAGAUCAUGUUGGCUACAUAAGGAAACAGAAGGAGGGAUUUCAGGAGAGGCUGGCUCCUCCCCGAAGUUAGUCCCCAGACUAAGUGAAAUUUAUUGGGAAAUAGGCAGACUGCCCUGAGUUUAGCGCCAAUUGCAUUAACGCACAUCUCUUCCACAACUAACAGAUUUAAAGAACAGUGUCCUCUUUGUAUUAAUAUUAUGCCGUUCAGUUAGUAGUAGUGGAGUUUAUAUGGAGGGCUGAACCAGUAGCCAUGUCGUGUCCGUGAGGUAGACUAAUAGGAGGCGACGGCUAAAGCAGAAAUGGAGCUUCCAGAUCUGAGUUGGGCCGAGUUAACGUCCUGUUUGUAUUUGGGUAUUUUUCAUCCUAAGCUUUCCAGCAUCUACACGUCUGAUCAGUAUGUGUGAAUCUGAGUGUUGGGAUAAACUGAGGGCACAGAUCUGUAUCCUCUCCUUGAGAGGUCCCCAGCACUGUUUUUCCCCACGUGCCAGGUUGUAGCUUGUCCAGACCAUCUGCCACCCGUGGAGAAUGCGGCUUCCACAUCCCGCUGCUCUGCCAUCGCUGUGGGAGGAAGAACCUGGGGCCGGGGAGGAGACCGGCCUUCCAGGAGGAAGGACAGGAUUGCCCGCCCUGCAUCCUUGCAGGACAGCAAGGGAAAGACGAGCGUCUGCCACGUAGCGGGGAGAGCCCAGGGUGGUGCGCACCGCGGCCCAGUGGGCCUGCUGCAGACCAGGACCCUGGCGCCCACUCCCGUGGAAGCAGGGAGUGAGGUGUCUGUGGACUACAAGGUGUUCACCCGCUGCUUUUUGUUUAUUUGGUUAAGAAAUCAGAUUUGCGGAAUUUAACCCAAAAUUGUGUUAAGCUUUGAAAACUCCGUCCCUCCUAAGAAUCUCUAAAAACUUGAAAUGCUCGCCAAAUGUCCCCAUGGGAUUUCUGACCAAGAGUAAGGUCAACACUGAAGAAACGCUGUUAGUCACGUGAGCACUUCGGUGAUAAUACCCAUUGAUGAAUCUUCUCCAUGAUGUUGGUGGGUUUUUUGGUUUUGUUUUUUUUUUUUUUCAUUUCUUAAUCUGUUGAUCUAUUUGAGGUCUUUUUGUGUUUAUCAAACUUAUUCUUAAGUUUAAAAAAGAAAUUACGGGGUGGUUUUUGAGAUUUUCAAGUUUGCCGACAUGUGCUCACUAAACAGCAGUGCUUGCCACCAGGCCUUGCAUUCUCCCUGUAGCAGCCAAAUUGUCCUUGAAUUUGGGUUUUCCACAACCUCAGAGGGGUAUUUGAAACCUUUUGUUAUAUUUUAAAAUAUUUUCUGGAAGAGCUGCUAAUUUUAUUUUAAAACACAAAGUUGUAAAAAUAUGCCUCCUUUUUCAAAAGCACCCCCUCCCUCCAGGACGUGUACCCAGCGUCACAGAGCACGGCGAGGCUCGGGGGGGGCCUCUGCAGGUGCGCUUUCUCCCCGGGGCUGUAAAAAGUUUGUAUUUAUUAUGUAUAAAAUGUUGAAUAAUAAAAACAUGCAAUUAUG